AUGGCGACUUCACUUGAUAACACAAAAGGAAAUAUUGUGAUUGUAGGUGCAACGGGAAAUACUGGUUUACAACUUGUUGCACAAGCUUUAGAACGAAAUUAUAAAGUAACUGCACUUGUACGAAAUCCAGAAAAAUUAGCAGCUCUUGAACAUAAACAUCUUGAAGUUAUAACAUGUGAUUUAAUGAAUCCACUUGAGUUGACUGCACAUAUGGAAGGACGUAUUGCUGUUUUAUCUGCACUUGGUCAACCCGGUCUUCAAAUAUCUGCAAUAACUCUUUAUGAAGAUUCAAUGAAAUCAAUAGUAACUGCAAUGCGUAAUGCAAAAGUUAAACGAUUAAUAUGUGUAACUUCAUUUUAUACAAAAUAUCAACCGGAUAUAUAUCCAUUUAAAUUUAAACUUAUUAUUCGUCCAAUGAUUGGCCGUCAUCUUGAUUCAAUGUUCAUUAUGGAAGAAUAUCUUGAAAAAGAAUGUCAAGAUUUAGAUUAUACUAUUGUUCGACCACCUCGUUUACUUGAUGAUCGUAUGAUAGAAAAAGAAGUUAAAGUUAAUGAGAAUGGAUAUUUCUUUCCUGGUGAAUCAACAGCUAAUCGAAUACCACGAGCUAAUGUAGCUCGUUUUAUGUUAGAUAUAUUAAAAGAAGAAAAAUAUAUCCGACAAGCUGUUGCUAUUGAUAUGUCCGCUAUGUGA